UGGGAAAGGGUCGGGAGCACAAAUGGCAGGGUCUUAGGCCAGGGGGCGUGCCUUGUUCUUCCGUGGCGGAAGAUGGCGCUGCCCUUCGCACGCUCACUGUGCCUCAGUCGCUGGGGAGCCAGACGAUUGGGGAUUGUCUCCGCGGAGGCCCGCAGAGGAGUCAGUUUCAAACUGGAAGAAAAAACAGCCCACAGCAGCCUGGCACUCUUCAAAGGCAACACAGGUGUCAAAUAUGGCAUGGUGGGCUUGGAGCCCACCAAGUUGGCCCUGAAUGUGGAACGCUUCCGGGAGUGGGCAGUGGUGCUGGCAGACACAGCGGUCACCAGUGGCAGGCAUUACUGGGAGGUGACAGUGAAGCGUUCCCAGCAGUUCCGGAUAGGAGUGGCAGAUGUGGACAUGUCCCGGGAUAAUUGCAUAGGUGUUGAUGAUCGCUCCUGGGUGUUCAGCUAUGCCCAGCGCAAGUGGCACACCAUGUUAGCCAACGAGAAAGCCCCUAUUAAGGGCAUCGGGCAGCCAGAGAAGGUGGGACUGCUGCUGGAGUACGAAGCCCAGAAGCUAAGCCUGGUGGAUGUGGACCAGGUUGCUGUGGUCCACACAAUACAAACAGAUUUUCGAGGUCCGGUGGUACCUGCCUUUGCCCUUUGGGAUGGAGAACUGCUGACCCACUCAGGGCUUGAGGUGCCUGAGAGUAUUUAGGCUGCUCAUCACUGGAGUUCCUAGUAAUAUUCUUGGCCAGCCUCCUGCUGGAAUUGUGUGAAACCUUUUAACUUUGCCCCAAGCAAAUUCUAACUUUCAUGAUUGAGUGUUGGAUCCUCUGUAAUAGCUUGGUUUUCUUUCUCUCCCUUCCCUGUGAAAGGCACAGCCACCUUCUCUCCUCCCCCAAACCACCGAUUUACUUGCCUACCAUGAAUGUACUUCUCCUGAAUUGCUUCCUUUGCUUUUCUGUGUUCAGGACUUUCUCCGAUUGUAUUCAGUCUGCAGUCUUUUAGCUUUGAAUUUAUUCAUCACAUGAUAUCUUUCUCCCUAUGCUCACAUGUACUUCUUGUUGGGGCUCUACAGAAUCUAGAGUAAAUUCUUUCUACCUCUGGCUGGAGGUAUGGUGCAGUCAAUGAGUUGACCCUUUCUCUAUACCACAGAGUUUAGGGUCUAGCUCCCUCAGGAAGUGCUCUUCUGACUGUAUCAGAAUAAGAACAGAGCUUUCUUUCCCCAGUACCUCGAUGCCAACUCAGCCCCAAAGCUGUAGCUGUCCUUACCCCUAGUCCCUCCACCUUAAUCUGCACACAUCUCAUACCUAGUCAGUGUGAUCUAAUCAUUGAGCUAGUUAGUCAUGACCAAAGGGGAAGACACUCUUGGGGAUGUUGAGGGGGUUGAUGCUAGAAACUUUAUUUUUAAGAAUUUCCAUCCUCAUUGCUGCUACAAUUGCGUCUUCCAGAGGGAAGAAAUAUAAGGUUUUGCAUUAUUUAUUUUGGGGUCUACUCAGGCCCAAAUCCUUCCCUUCCUUGGCAGAAUAAUAACCUAAAGCGGUAUUUGGGAUUAAAGAAUACCUGAUGGGAUGAGUGAUACACAUGUGAAAUGUGAACUGUUUGAGCUAUCUGACCCUGUUGUUCUUUUAUUUUACCUUUAUCAUGGUGAUGCAGCUGGAUUUUCCUGGGAGAGAAAGAGGACUUGAUAGCAGAAACAAUAGUUUGUGUAAUUAAAGUUUAUUUGAGCACAAAAUA